CCCAUACCAACAUUACCACCGACAAACAUGCCUUUCUUUCUCUAAAAUCAAAAAUUUCUUUUGAUCCUCAUAGAAUUUUAGCUGAUAAUUGGUCUGUUAACAGCAUGACUCCGUGUAGUUGGAUUGGAGUCACUUGCAACUCUCGUCACAAUAGAGUGUCUGCUUUGGAUCUUUCCAACAUGGGUCUUGUUGGAGAAUUAACUCCAGACUUGGGAAACCUUUCUUUUCUUGUUUCACUUGACUUGAGCCAAAAUAAUUUUCACAAUUCCUUUCCUCGAGAGCUUUCUCAACUGCGACGCCUCAAAAGUCUUCAGUGUAGCGUCAAUGACUUUAGUGGGAAUAUUCCAUCUUGGUUUGGUCUCUUACCUAACCUUAGAUUUUUGUAUUUGGGGAAUAAUAGCAUUAGUGGUUUUCUUCCCACGUCCCUUUUUAAUCUUUCAAAACUUGAAGUCUUACAUUUAGGAAUUAAUUCUCUUGAAGGGAGUGUUCCAAGAGAAAUAGGCAAUCUUCCCCAACUAUAGUGGUUAAAUUUGAGCAUUAAUCAUCUUAGUGGAUCUUUUCCUUUGGGCAUCUUAAAUUUGUCUAAGUUAGAAACUCUAUCUCUUUCAGCUAAUAGCUUAUUCGGUGAACUUCCCCUUUAUCUUGGGAAUCAUCUUCCUAAACUUCAAACAUUUAACAUGCAUACUAACAAAUUUAGUGGUCAAAUCCCAUCAAGUUUAUCUGAAUGUUCAUUGCUUCAAACUAUAUCUCUAUCUGACAAUAAUUUUAGUGGGCAUGUACCAAGAGAAUUUAGAAACUUAACAAAGCUUGAGAUGUUAUAUCUUGGUAGCAAUCAGUUAACAGGUGCUAUUCCAAGGGAGAUAGGGGCUUUGUCAUCCUUGGGCGAACUUGAUUUAUCUAACAAUAGACUUGAUGGUGCUAUUCCAAAGGAGAUAGGGGCUUUGUCAUCCUUGGACUUACUUGAUUUAGCUAACAACGUACUUUAUGGAGGCAUACCAAAGGAAAUUGGCAACUUAACUGCACUUAAGGGGCUAGAUUUUUCAGCCAACAACUUAGGAGGUGUAAUACCAAAAGAGUUGGGAAAACUUCAUAUGUUGGAGGAAGUAUUUUUAGGUUUAGCUAACUUAAGUGGGUCCAUACCCAAGGAAGUCUUCAACAUUUCUUCUUUAAAAAUAAUUUCAUUUGCGUUCAAUAACCUUGUGGGUGCACUUCCUUCAAGCAUGGGGCAUGUUCUAUUGAACUUAGAGCAACUAUAUCUUCAUGAAAAUAGGCUCUUUGGAGUGAUACCAGAUUCUAUCUCAAAUUGUUCAAAACUUACUCUUUUAGUUCUUGCCUCAAACCAUUUUAGCGGCACAUUACCUACAUCUCUUGGUAAUCUAAGGCUCCUAAAGAGACUACGUGUAAAUGAAAACAUGCUCACAAACAAUGCUGAAUCUCUAGAGUUAAGUAUUAUCAACUCUUUUGUAAAUUGCAUUUACUUGGAGGAGGUAUACUUAGAUGAUAACCCUCUAGAUGCUAUCCUUCCGUCAUCAAUUGGGAAUCUUUCUUCUUCCCUUCAAGUUUUGUCUAUGCCGAGUUGUGGGUUAAAGCAAAUCAUACCAAAGCAACUAGGAAAGUUAAGCAACUUGAUUAUCUUGGCUCUGGGUAGCAAUGACUUGGUCGGGUUUAUUCCACCAAUGCUAGGUAGGGCUAGUAAGCUCCAAGGAUUGGAUCUCAGUAAUAACAAAUUGAUUGGUUCCAUUCCUGAUAGCCUUUGUGAUCUUCACUAUCUAUAUGGAUUAUUCUUGAGCACCAAUCAGUUGUCUGGCAGUUUGUUAAAAUGCUUUGGAAAUAGCACUUCCCUCAAAAAAAUAUAUCUAGAUUCAAACCGUUUGACUUCUAAAAUACCUUUAAGUUUGUGGUAUCUCAAAGACUUGCUAGUGCUUGAUUUGAGUUCAAACUUCUUAGAUGGAUAUAUACCCAAUGAUGUUGAAGGUUUGAAGGCACUUUCACUUCUAGACAUUUCCCACAAUCAAAUCUCAGGAAAUAUCCCUGUCACUAUUGGACAAUUGCAUAAUUUGAUUUCUCUUUCUCUUGAACGGAAUAAACUAGAAGGAUCUAUUCCAAAGCAAAUAAGUCAAAUUGUUUCCUUGGAAUUCUUAGAUUUGUCUCUAAACAAACUCUUUGGUUCGAUUCCGGUAUCAUUGGAAAGACUUGCAUACCUCAAACACUUCAAUGUCUCAUUCAAUGAAUUGAGUGGUGAAAUUCCAUCAGCUGGUUGUUUCAAAAACUUCUCAAGUACAUCAUUCAUGUUCAACAAGGAGUUAUGUGGAAAUCCUAAGUUUCACGUACCACCGUGCCAUUCUACCCACCAUUCAAGGAUUAAAAGAAGACUUCUUAUUGCUCUUGCAUCUCUUGGAGCUUCAUUGAUAAUUACUUUUGUAAUUAUUGCAUUUCUCCUUGCAAAGCGACAAAGGAAAUUUCAAGUACCAAGUAUGACGGAUAUUGGCUUUCCAUGGGAUAAAUUAAGGAUUUCUUAUGAUGAGCUUUCAAGGGCUACUUCUUGCUUUAGCAAAAACAAUCUCAUUAGUUCAGGGAGUUUUGGCUCUGUGUAUAAAGGGACUUUGGAUGACGGGACGCUUAUAGCAGUGAAGGUAUUUAAUCAAUCAGAUGAUGCACUUGAGAGUUUUAAUGUUGAGGUUGAAGUGCUAAAGAAUUUGCGCCAUCGAAAUCUCACUAAGGUCAUUACUGGAUGUUUUGCCGUUGACUUUAAGGCCUUGGUCCUUGAGUACAUGCCAAAUGGAAGCCUUCACCAGUGGCUACAUUCACAAAGAAACUUCUUGGAUAUGACUCAGAGGUUGAAUAUAAUGAUUGAUGUUGCAUGUGGCUUGGACUAUCUUCAUAAUGGUUACGCAAUGCCGGUGGUUCAUUGUGAUUUAAAGCCUGCAAAUGUGUUAUUAGAUGAAGAAAUGGUAGCCCAUGUAUGUGAUUUUAGUGUGACAAAGUUGUUAACUAAGGAGGAGAGCUUCAAGCAUACCGAAACUCUAGCAACACUAGGCUAUAUGGCACCAGAGUAUGGAUCCACAGGAAUGAUAUCAACACAAUGUGACAUUUAUAGUUUUGGAAUUGUGCUAAUGGAAACAUUUUCAGCAAGAAGGCCCACAGAUGAAACAUUUGGUGAAGAUAUGAGCUUGAAAAGUUGGAUAAGUGAUUCUAUGCCUCACGAUGUACUUCAAGUUGUAGAUCCCAACUUACUAAGGGCAGAUGAUGAAGACUUCAAUGUGAAAUUGCAGUCUAUAUCGUCCAUAUUAGAAUUGGCAUUGCAUUGUGCAGAUGAAUCCCCUCAAAAGCGUUUAAAUGCAGAAGAUGUUGUAGUAAGACUGAAUAAAAUCAAACUUCAACUUCUAAGAAGUGUUGGGAGCUGAUAAAAUUGGAAGGAAACAGCUGAAAAGCUUACCUUGAUGCAGUUGUCACCGUUCCAAGUAAAAUUGAGUAAUGGUCUUUGAAGGUGAAAGCUAAGGAGUCUCACAAAGGACAACAGGUUGCUUGCUUGGAAAAUUUGAUCUAACUGGAAUAGCUCCAGCUCCUAGUCUAUUUAUAGGCUGUGGGCUACAACUCUAUUGAGGCUGAAGAUUGGGAAGCCGCUACCGUACCAGUGGAAAGAGAUGAGUAAACUUGAGUCAUUACUUGUUGACUAGAACCGGAAAAUGGAGCAUGAGCUCGAUCACACAGUUGAAGGGAUGAAUGAAGAGCUGCCACAUUUAAUACCUAUCAAGUAGUAGUUCCUUUGAACUCGAUCUGUAUAUUUGUUGGUUGAUGUGAAUAUUAGGUGUUCAGAUCAAACUUUGAGAAAGGGUCUCUUUAAUUUGCUGGAAUCAGCUGAUCUGAAGCCAAGAUUGAUGAACUGACUGUUAAAGUUGGUGAACAGCAACAGCAAAGAAAUCCAAAAGCCACUGAGCUGGAACAAAGGAACACCUGAGAUUGAAGUUACAUUUGUGGUGGAUGCUAACGUGCAUCCUGAACGUUAAAGCCGAAGACAAGGCCUCUGGGUGAUCUGAGAAGAUUACCAUCACUAAUGAUAAAGGCCUGUUGAGCCAGGAAGAAAUUGAGCGGAUGGUGAGGGAGGCUGAAGAGUUUGGUGAGGAUGACAAGAAGGUAAAAGAAAGAAUUGAUGCCCGGUUCGGAACAGCUUGGAGAUGUAUGUCCACAACAUGAAAAACCAGAUCAAUAAUAAGCUAAUG